AUGGCCGCCCAAAACGCCCAUCAAGCUCGUCAACGGCUAUCCCAGCUGACGGCGACAUUGGCCCCAACGCCCACAGAGUCGGCGCCCGUCGUACAGACCAGGGCCACCAUUGCAGCGCGAAUGGCUCGUGAUCCUGGGCUGCCGGUCCUCAGCCCAACAUUGUCGUACUGGCAAGAUCCAGAGCACUCCUUCGCGCACGUUCGGUCGACAUCGCUCCCGAAAGAUACUGAUGUUGCGCUCAUCGGCUCUGGUAUCACUGCCGUCAGCACAGCCCUGCAUCUACUUCGGCUGGAGCCCGGCCUUCGUAUCGUUAUUCUGGAGGCGCGCUCAGCCAUCUCUGGUGCGACUGGUCGGAAUGGAGGCCAUAUCAAGGCCUCGCCGUGGGCUGAUUACCACGAUCUUAAACAGCUGUUUGGGAAGCAGAGUGGGAUGAAGAUUAUCAAGUUCCGGAUGGCCCACCUCGAUGUGUUCUGUCGUGAGGCUGCGGAGCUUGGUCAGGCCGGGCAGGCGGGUCUCGUCCGUCGCACAAAGGCGUUGAGCACUUCGUAUAGUGCGAAGGCAUGGGAAGGCUCGAAGAUGAGAUUGCACGACUUCCUCCAAGACUUCCCCGAAGAGGUCGGCAAGUGGGAAGCCAUCGAAGACCGGGCAACACUAAGAAGCCUGGGAUUGUCGGACAACGCUGUAGGUACCGUCCGCGGGCCCGAGGGUGCAGCGUGGCCGUAUCGAUUUGUCGGUGCCGUAAUGGGACGACUGCUGGAUGGAGGACAGGUCACGCUGGAAACACACACGCCCGUCACAUCGAUUUCAAGAACGUCAUCUCCCAAGCGGCCUUACACGGUCCAUACCUCGAGAGGAUCAAUCGACGCCAAGCAUGUCGUGCACUGUACCAAUGGCUUCGCCGCGCAUUUGCUGCCGUCGCUCCGGGGCAAACUCUGGCCCUUCAGAGGGCAGAUGACGGUCCAAUCUGUACCGAAGAGCUUUCCGCGCCUUGGUGGUGAGAGAUCCUGGAGUACCGUGUGGGAGAGAGGCUUUGACUAUGUGACACAAUCACCUGGCUCAGAUGGCUGCCUGUACUGGGGCGGAGGCCUGCUUCAAGUGCCCGACGGGGUAGACAGGGAGCUGGAUCUGGGCUGCUCAAAUGACGGCGAGCUCAGCCACGAAUGCCUAAAUAGGCUGGAAAACGCUGCAGGGCGAGCCUUCAAAGAUGGCGAGCACGCCCAGAUCAUCCGUAAAUGGACGGGCAUCAUGGGCUGCACAGGUGAUGGACUACCGCUGGUGGAUCGUCUGCCUGAAUACGUGUCGGGUCGGACUGAUUGUGAUCCUCAUGUCGGAGGCGAAUGGAUUGCGGCUGGCUUUAAUGGCUUCGGCAUGGUCAAUUGCUGGCUGUCUGGAAAAGGGCUGGCGCACUUCAUUACUGGUCGCAAAGAGGAGGUGCGGUCGUGGUUCCCGAUUGACGAGUUCGCCUGCAGGAGCGAAAGGCUUGGAGAAAUGACGCCGGAGGGCUCGCUUGAUCUAUUCUUGGCUGGGUUGGAUACGUGA